UUUUUAUUUUUCCCCCAGUUGGAAAUUAAUUGAAAUGAUGCACAACUGGUAAAAGUCGUCUUCUGCACUGGCCGACGGCUCUUCCAAAUUUUCUCAGUCCACCUUCUCCCCUCUCCUCCUCCCUCUAAAACCACUCUUUUCCUCUCUGGAUCACCGCCAUUUUUACACACUCGUUCGCUCUUCUGCAAGAUCUCGCUCUCGUCUUUUCUUGUUCUCUAAACGAACGGCUAGGAUCUAGAGAGAGACAUAGAGAGUCGAAAGAUCCGAAGCUACUAAGGCGUCCUCUCAUGGCGUGGUCGGGCAUGAGAGGUCUCUCCGUAUUCAUCAGCGACAUCCGGAAUUGCCAGAACAAAGAACAGGAACGCCUCCGGGUCGAUAAAGAGCUCGGCAACGUCCGUACCCGUUUCAAAAACGAGAAGGGUUUGACCCCUUAUGAGAAGAAGAAAUAUGUUUGGAAGAUGCUUUACAUUUAUAUGCUGGGUUACGAUGUAGAUUUUGGUCAUAUGGAAGCUGUUUCUUUGAUAUCCUCACCAAAGUAUCCAGAAAAGCAGGUUGGGUACAUAGUGACAUCUUGCUUGCUCAACGAGAAUCACGAUUUUUUGAGAUUAGCAAUUAACACUGUCCGCAACGAUAUUAUUGGUCGCAAUGAAACUUUUCAGUGCAUGGCAUUGACUUUGGUUGGGAAUAUUGGUGGAAGAGAGUUUGCCGAAUCAUUAGCACCUGAUGUUCAGAAAUUACUUAUUUCCAGCAGUUGCCGACCGCUUGUGAGAAAGAAGGCAGCACUGUGUCUCCUGCGCCUAUAUAGGAAAAAUCCAGAUGUCGUUAAUGUAGAUGGCUGGUCAGAUCGAAUGGCACAGCUAUUAGAUGAACGUGAUCUUGGUGUUUUGACAUCUUCUAUGAGCCUUCUUGUUGCCUUGGUGUCAAAUAACCAUGAUGCAUAUUGGAGUUGUGUUCCAAAGUGUGUUAAAAUAUUGGAAAGACUUGCUAGGAACCAGGAUGUUCCGCAAGAAUACACUUACUAUGGUAUCCCUUCUCCCUGGCUUCAGGUAAAGAUUAUGAGGGCCCUACAAUAUUUUCCAACCAUCGAAGAUCCAAAUACUAGAAGAUCAUUGUUUGAGGUUUUACAACGGAUACUAAUGGGAACUGAUGUUGUGAAAAAUGUGAACAAGAACAAUGCAUCACAUGCUGUUCUCUUUGAAGCCCUUGCUCUUGUCAUGCAUCUUGAUGCUGAAAAAGAUAUGAUGUCUCAGUGUGUUGCCUUGCUUGGGAAAUUUAUUGCUGUGCGUGAGCCAAAUAUUAGAUAUCUUGGUUUGGAGAAUAUGACUCGGAUGUUGAUGGUUACAGAUGUUCAGGACAUUAUUAAAAGACACCAAGCCCAGAUAAUAACCUCGUUGAAGGAUCCUGACAUCAGUAUCCGGAGGCGUGCUCUUGAUCUACUGUAUGGCAUGUGUGAUGUUUCAAAUGCAAAGGACAUAGUUGAAGAAUUGUUGCAGUAUCUCAGCACAGCUGACUUUGCAAUGCGUGAAGAAUUGUCUUUGAAAGCUGCUAUCCUUGCGGAAAAGUUUGCCCCCGAUCUAUCAUGGUAUGUGGACGUGAUCCUUCAGUUGAUCGACAAAGCAGGAGAUUUUGUCAGUGAUGACAUUUGGUUUCGUGUUGUGCAGUUUGUUACCAAUAACGAAGACCUACAGCCUUAUGCAGCGGUAAAAGCCAGGGAGUAUCUUGAUAAGCCUGCUAUACAUGAGACAAUGGUCAAGGUAAGUGCUUAUCUCCUUGGCGAAUACAGCCACCUUCUGGCUAGACGGCCUGGAUGCAGUCCAAAGGAAAUUUUUAGCAUCAUACAUGAGAAACUUCCUACUGUUUCGACUCCAACAAUUCCUAUUCUUCUUUCAACAUAUGCCAAGAUUUUGAUGCACACUCAACCCCCAGACCCGGAACUACAAAAUCAAAUCUGGGCAAUAUUCAGCAAAUACGAGAGUUGCAUUGAUGUUGAGAUUCAGCAAAGAGCUGCUGAAUAUUUUGCAUUGAGUAGGAAAGGUGCAGAUUUAAUGGAUAUAUUGGCUGAAAUGCCGAAGUUUCCUGAGCGCCAGUCUGCAUUGAUCAAAAAAGCCGAAGACACUGAAGCUGAUACCGCGGAGCAAAGUGCUAUCAAGUUGCGGGCCCAGCAGCAGACUUCUAAUGCUUUGGUAGUCACUGACCAACGCCCAGCAAAUGGAACUCCACCUGUGAACCAGCUUACUCUGGUAAAGGUGCCUAGCAUAAGCAAUGUGGAUGAUAACUUAGCAGAAGGGUUGACCGAGGAAAAUGGGGCUCUUAGCAUAGUGGAUCCUCAACCUCCUGAUAUCCUUGGUGAUCUCUUAGGUCCACCAGCUAUUGAAGGCCCUCCUGGUGCCGCCAUCCAUUCUGAGCACAAUUUGGUAUCUGGAUUGGAAGGCGCUUCAAACGCAGAAGAGACCCUGGCCAUUACACCUGUUGAUGAGCAGACAAAUGCUGUCCAGCCAAUAGGAAAUAUUGCAGACAGAUUUAACGCUUUAUGUCUUAAGGAUAGUGGUGUUCUUUACGAGGAUCCUUAUAUUCAGAUUGGCAUUAAAGCUGAGUGGCGAGCACAGCAUGGGCGAUUUGUUCUUUUCUUGGGAAACAAGAACACUGCUCCACUUGUUUCAGUUCAAGCUUUGAUAUUGCCACCUUCCCAUUUGAAGAUAGAGCUGUCAUUAGUACCUGAAACUAUUCCCCCACGAGCACAGGUGCAAUGCCCACUUGAAGUUGUCAACCUCCGUCCAAGUAGGGACGUAGCAGUUCUUGACUUUUCCUAUACGUUUGGAACACACGUGGUAAACGUCAAACUUCGCCUUCCUGCCGUAUUGAAUAAAUUUCUUCAGCCAAUUUCGAUGUCUGCUGAUGACUUUUUCCCACAAUGGAGAUCUCUUUCUGGACCACCUUUGAAACUUCAAGAAGUGAUUAGAGGUGUAAGACCAAUGCCUCUCGUGGAAAUGGCAAACUUAUUUAACAGUUGCCGGAUGAUGGUUUGCCCAGGACUUGAUCCAAAUCCAAAUAAUUUGGUUGUAAGUACAACCUUCUAUUCAGAGAGUACACGAGCCAUGUUGUGCUUGAUGAGAAUUGAAACAGAUCCAGCAGACAGAACCCAGUUGCGCGUGACAGUUGCCUCGGGGGACCCUAUGUUAACAUUCGAGUUAAAGGAGUUCGUCAAGGAACAAUUAGUUAGCAUACCAACGGCUUCUCGGGUACCUGCACAAGCUCAACCAACGAACUCACCAAGUGCAUUAUCGGAUCCUGGUGCUAUGCUUGCUGGGUUGCUUUGAAACGAUGUAUGUGAUUGAUUGAUUGAAGAUCAUGUGUGUGUAAAAUUGAUUAUACAACGGCCCAUCUGUCCAUUCAAGAGGUGGGUGACAAACAAUACAAAGCUGGGGCUGUCGGAAUUAAAUGCGAGGUAAUAUAUGAUCGGCUUAGUGUUUGAGUGGGGGGUUCGGUCGGCACUUUGCGAUUCUUUCUGCACAAAUAUACUGUUUCUCGAGGUUUUCUUUUCCGGGCGUGGGUCUAUAGUGCUUUUUUCUUUACUUCUUUUUCAUGUAGCCAUGAUUAAGUGGGUGGGUGGUUUCUGUAAUAUGAAUAGUAGCAGCAUGUGAGCAAUUGCAUGGAGUAGAACCAGUUGUAUCAAUUGUAUUUGUUUGUCAAUCCACAUUUGUAUCUUUGAUGAGUUAAUUAAUGAGGGGGAAAAAAAAAAAUUUAAUGUAAGCAUUAGUGUGUUGUUAUGGUUUACUUGUGAUUGUGCUUGAAGUGAGGAUGCUCGUAGAAACUGGACGAGUAUUGUGUGGUAGGUUUUCUGGACAGCUAUAAAAUUGUUGGUCUCUCUUA